AUGUCGGAUUCUACUCGAUCUGACGCGUCCAAUAUCUACCGCAUGAUUAUGGUUCACGAGAUUGCCUCAAAAACUCCAGCCUACCAACGUUAUCUUCGCGAUGAGUCAAAGAAAGACCUCUACAUCAACACUGAGGCCAAAAUGGUUUCCUUGAAAGUAAUGGCUGCGAACCAAUUUUCUCCGCAAACUUCAGUCGACCACCCCAGGCUUGUGAUCUUGCGGAUGCAAGCGGAUCCUGCCCUUCGAAAUUUCGGUACUCCUUCUCUUCCAAAAUCGGACGCCAAAGGCCAAGUUGGACCUAGAUGA